GGCGGGGCUUGGGGUCUUGAAGGCCCUCGGAACCUCCAGUGUACCCGGGAGGAGGAUCGGGACCGGGGUCCGCCGCCCCCCGGGAGCUGAGCAAGAUGUCCUCGUGUUGUGUGGGUGAGGGGGCCACCGUGAGGGCUGCGGAAUCUGCGGGACUUUUCCCUCGGAGAUGCGCCCCUUCCUCCUGGAAGGCGGCAGUGUGUCCCAGAUGCCCGUGGCCGAGGGCAAGAGUGUCCAGCAGACCGUGGAACUCCUCACCCGGAAAUUGGAGAUGCUUGGAGCAGAGAAGCAAGGAACAUUUUGUGUGGACUGUGAGACCUACCACACGGCUGCCUCUACCCUUGGCAGCCAAGGUCAGGCCGGGAAGCUGAUGUAUGUGAUGCACAAUUCCGAGUACCCUUUGAGCUGCUUCGCCCUCUUUGAGAACGGCCCUUGCCUUGUUGCUGACACCAACUUUGAUGUGCUCAUGGUGAAGCUCAAGGGCUUUUUCCAGAGUGCCAAGGCCAGCAAGAUUGAGACCCGGGGCACCCGCUACCAGUACUGUGACUUCCUAGUGAAGGUGGGCACGGUUACAAUGGGGCCCAGUGCCCGAGGCAUCUCCGUGGAGGUGGAGUAUGGCCCCUGUGUGGUAGCUAGCGACUGCUGGAGCCUGCUGCUCGAGUUCCUGCAGAGCUUUCUAGGCAGCCACACCCCAGGGGCUCCCACUGUGUUUGGGAACAGGCACGACGCUGUCUACAGCCCAGCAGACACCAUGGUCCAGUACAUGGAACUCUUCAACAAGAUCCGCAAGCAGCAGCAGGUGCCGGUGGCGGGGAUCCGUUAGUGACUGGCAGCUGCCCGGCUGAGCUGUCGCCAGGGGGACUCCACAGGAGGAGCAGGUGCUGCACCCUCAGGCCUCUGGACCCCAGAAACCCAGGGCAAACGGGAAGGUUUUCCUCCCUCUCUAGUUCCCAGCUGUGGCUUCUGUUCUGGGGCUCUGGACUCCCCUCCCCUGACCCUCACACACAGCCCCCCGACAGGUGUUUCAGCUGGACUUGGCCUGUCCUCAAGAACAGUAAUUACGAAGAGUGGAGAAGUUUGGAACUUUCCUGCUUUAGGGGAAAAGAUAGGAUGGGGGUGUCCCUGCCUCGUGAGGGUGGGGAAGGCAGUCUGUAUUGCUAACUACUGGGGAUUUGGUCCAGGCCCACAGUGGACAGGCUGCAGGUUGUGUUUGGGUUGGGCUGUAAUAAAGGCUUCUCCCUCUGCUCAAAGGAUGUGGCUGGGCCCCUCCUGGAAAAGGAGUAAGAGGCACAGCUUACUUGAUGGUUAUCAUUUUCUGACCUGUUUGCUGAAGUGAAUUGUGAGUUCACUUUUCUAGGGUGUUGCCUGAGUCCUUUGAAGUCUUCCUCUGGACAUCUUUCCAUUCUGUUGUGAAUUAUAUUAAGGCACAGGCUAAGGUGCUGUAACAAGGAGAACCUAAAGUACAGUGGCUCUUAGAAGUUUCUUUUUCUCUUUUCUAAUAGUACAGAGGUAAUCAAAUGGUCCAGGGCAGAUUGAACUCCACAGGGUCAUCAGGAACUUGGUUUCCUUCUGUCUUGUUUAGCCACCCCUAGGGUGUUGUCCUUGGGUGAGUCAAAGUAGACAUUGGCUCCAUGUCCACAUUCCACUGGGGAAAGAGAGAGAGAAAGCAGUUUCUUUUUUAAAGGACAUGACCUGGAGUUGCUUAAAUCACUCUGGCCACAUCUUGCUGAAAGGAACUCUGGGACAUAGAGCCUCUUACUUGGGUGGUCUUGUGCCCAGUUAAAACGCUGGGGGUUCUGUGACUAAAAGACGAAGGAGAAAAUGGAUGUGGGGACCCAGUUAGUAGCCUCUGUUACACGGAGCUCAAUGGAUGUGCCCAGGAAUGUUCUUGGCUGUUACUUUGCAGAGAGUACCCCUGUAAGCAAGCCAUUCGUUUAUGAGUUGGACUGUGAUAGGGCUGAUGCGAGAGCCACUUUAGCUGGAUUAGUCACAUGGGAAGUCACUUCCACACCCCCUGCCUAAGUCUCAGCAUCAAGACCUCUCCAGUUCUCAUGCGCCCAGAGCUUAGGGUUAGACAGUUGACCUCGUACUCACACUGUGCUUCAUGCUUUCCUGAGCUCUUUCUCCUCAUCUCAUUUGAGCCUCCAAGCUGCUCAUUUGACCUACAUUGUCUCCCUACCCCACUCCUGCUGCAGAAAUGUUCAGUCCAGCUAGCAUUGAGAUACACAGAGAUGGUCUUAGGAAAUGUAUUAAUGUACAUACUGCAGUAUUGUCCUCAAGGAUACUGUCCCUCAUUGAAGGCACCUAAAGAGAAAUUGUUUUCAGAUCUAAGUGCUCAGAUCUAAAGCCUCUGUAACAAGAAUCAUGCAGUGGUCAUGUUUCCCUUUUAGCUUUGGCUGGCAGGAAGCUCAAUUCAACUUUCUAACUGUAGGACCUGUCAUUUGUGUUUCUUGUUCUCACCUUCCCCUGGCUUCUUGUUUGUUUCUUUGCUUUGUUUUUACUUUUUUUAAUGGAGGUAUGUUUUAGAUAUUAUUUACACAUAAUAAAAUGCAGAGAUUUUUUUAUGUUUUUGGCCUUCUGAUUUAUGUUUGCUUUUGUCUAGAUUAAUCUAUUUGUAUUUUUCUGUAGGCUGCCUCAAAUUUUCUAUGAGAUGAGAUAGCAUUUUGAACAUAAUGUGUUCCCGAAAAUACAUAGAAAUUGAGUGUGGUAAAUAUAACCCCAGACUUAUGCAUUAUAAAGAGGGGUUCCUUAAAAACUAAAAAAGUAGUAUAAACUCCCUAACUAUCUGUGCCUUUUAGACAUAAUCUUGACUCAUAAAUUUCCAGCAUACUUCACUUUUGUUCUUUUCCCUUAUUUUGAGCACACAUUUGACCAAGAUUUAAGUCCAGUAAACACCAGAUCAGGCUUUAAGAAUUGCCACUUUUUGUCCAUCUUUGUCCUUUGCGUCAGUUAAAGAAAACUUAUUGCUAAAAAAGGCGGGUAAUGCAAUACAUUUUUUAAUUAGCAAAUUCAACUCCACUAGCAAAGUUGCCAAAACUGAACUGGUAACUAGUGGGAAGGGCCCAAAUGUCAUCCAGCUUUUGUAUGUAAGUCUGAAUGGGGCUUUCAAGAGUAGUUUAGGGUUGUCGGUGUAUAGUUUUUGAAAGUUCAGGUUGAAUGAAAGUUGAGGAGCAUUUGUAUAAAGGGAAAAGAGGCAUGGUUAUCCUCAUUCUAAAAAUGAAAAAAACUUAAACUCAGCUAGUAAAUGGAGAUGUUGUAUUUUGGGUUCAAAUCUGACAUUCCUCCUUUUACACUAGACUGUCUUCCUGUGACUCCUUCCUUUGCUUCCGGAUGCCUUACCCCUCUCCCUGUCUGUAGCUACCCCAAAAGAGCAGAAACCAGGACACUUCUGGGAUUCUGCUAACAUGUCACCUUGGUGGGUACCUUUGUCAGAGUCACAUAGAAACCUGCCAACCUUGACUGUCAGAACCAUGCAGGGCAGCUUUGGAGUUUACCUGGUUCUCCUUCACUGUAAGAUGAGGAGGCGGUGGCUCCCAGGGGGGUCAUGCUGAGAGGUGAGGCUGGAGUCAGGACCAAACUUCAGACUCAGGACUCGUGGCUCCCAGCGUGUGACAGAGGGUGGCGCCUGGACCUCUGUGUGGUGCCAGGUGAUCUUAGGUGGAAUGUGGAAUACAUUUUUGUUUCCGUACUUAUGCCGUAUUCUAUCUAAUGUACAUCAGAGCAAAGUAUAACUGGCACUUCAUGUCUUAGGAUGAGGGUAAAUAAGGUUUUUAAGAAGAGUCCGCUUAAAGGGAACUGUUAAGUUAUAGUGCAGGUGAUACCUGCAAAAGGCAAAAUCUGGAGGAGGAAGGAGGAUGCUAGAAUUUGGGGAGACACUGAGUUUCGUCCACUUUGUGUAUCCAUUGAUAGUUCCUGCUCUUUCCUCCUGUGCUGUUCUGAUUCUCUGUACCUGUUUCCACGCUGCCUCCCGCUUGCCUUCCUCAGGUCUUGAAUACCAAGUUGUCACAUGUCCCCCACUGUGUAUUGGUGUCACUGCUCCACUGAGGGAAUACCUAGGGACUGGCCACUCCUCCCCACCACCAGUUCUGCCCCAACCCGCUGUGUCCAGUGUUCAUUCCUCAGGCUUCAGGAUGAGUGAAAAGUUUUCUCUCCGAAUCCUGGAGGGAGGAUGCGGGGAGCAGAAGCGUGUCCUCCAGCUGUCAAAAGUUGAGACUUAAAAUAUGGGAAGGGCUCUAGGCUGAACAUUUUGAGGACAUUCACAGUGGAUUUAGAGCCAGGCAGGAUGAUGUGUGGCCUUUCCCUCACCACAGCCUCCCUCUCCAUAUCUGCUGCUGUCUGGGAGCCUUGGGCAGCAUUCCCCGGUCACAGUUGCUGUGCGGAAUGGCGACCGGCUGGGUUACAAGUUUGGUCCUCUCCUGGGGAGUUGCUGUUUUUGGCCUUCAGUCACUUGUGGAGGGGAUUUUCCCCCAAGGUGAGAACUCUGCCAUUGUGUAGAGCAUUCCAAAAUCAGUCUCUUGGGUUAGAAGGGACCUUUGAGGUCACACAGUUUGACCAUCAUUCAGUAUUCACAUCUUUACACCUUCCCUCCCAGAGAUCAUGCCGCAUUAACUUGGCCUCAUCUAGGGAACUCUGUUCUCCGUGUAUUUCAUUUUUGUCAUUACCUCUGAGACAAAAAGCAAAGCAAAGCAUACCUGUCCUUUCCCUUGCAGGUUGUGGAGACUGUGUGGUACUUAAUGAGGGAGCAGACCAUUAGUUAGGGCUAUAGUAUGAGCAAGCCAUGACUCUUCAAUGCACUGUGGGUUCUCAGCCCCUUAGGGGAGCUUCAGGAGGCCUAAGAUGCCUUGAAAGUGGACACGGCUUUGUGUAUACGUGCAGUUUUCUGGGAAUAGGAUUUAUAGGGUUCAUUAGAGUAUUUCAAAGAUCUCUGGUCCCAAAAAAAGAAUCUCUAAAGGGAGUACAUUGUGAAGGGAAAGAGCAGGAAGACAAAGAUAAAUCAGGUGUGACAUACAUCCGGCUGACUUACUGCAAGCGAGACCUUCCACUGACUUCUGAAUCCUCACCUCGGGUCCCAUCUCGGGAUUUCCCUCCUUCAUUUUAUAGGUCUUCAGGCCUUUCAGUCAGUUUCUGGGAAGCUGAACUGUGUUCCUGCUCUUUUCUUUCCUAUAGGUUCCUGCUUCUCAUCUUAUCACUACAUAUACAUACACACAACCUCUCAGAAAUGAGUAGGAGCAAAUAUGUGUGAAGCAAUCUUUAUACUACUCUUUUGUGCCCCAGGAGUUACUCUUCCAUUAUGACACACUCCAUGGGAUCUGAAAAUUAUCCUGUUGUAGUGGCAUUUUGCUUAAUGAGCGUGUUUUCAUUUUACAGGAUGGUGUGAUUGAUGAGGCAGAGAAAUAGUUCCUUGCCUCUGUGAUGAAAUUAGCAAGUUAAAAAAAAGGAUUCUUGGAACUCUCGGGGCAAAGAUUCCUAAUUCUCUUGUGGUCUCUGUUUUAUUCCCUAACAUAUCCCUGUCCCAUCAGAUGGCAUAGACCUGUUUUUAAGGUUAAUCUGAAUUCUACUGAGUUUUCUUUGGAGGCUUUAAAAAAGAAUUUAGGGACCACAUUUGUAUAUCCUAGAUUGUCCCAAAGGCAGAAGUCAAUAUUGGACAUCUGUUGUGUGGGAAAGGCAAGGCUAGGAAUGUGGAGGUGACAGGUGUUUCGAGGCAGCCUACUAAAUGGAAGAGAACACUGCUUUAGGAGACAGAUGUCUGGGUGCUAGCCAUAGUACUGUCCCUAACUUGCCAGGUAACUUCAAUCACGUUGGCCUUUCUGGAUCUCAUCUGUGUAGUGGGAGUAAUGAUGCCCUCUUUCUGUACUUCAUAAGCUUGUUGAGAGGCUCAAGGGAGAAUAGAUGUAAAGAGUGCUUUGGAGGCAAGGUGAUGCUGUCUCUGCUCUUGCUUCUUUUUAAUGGUGCUAAAGGUAUUGUGUAUAGUUAGGAUGUUUGAGAUGGGAAGCUAUAGGGUUAUUACUGCUUGGUAGCAGGUUAAAAUUCUCCUCCAGUGCAAAGGAAAUAGUUGUAAUAGAGAAGAAGCAAUGUGGAGAGAGAGUCCAGAGAAAGUAUCUAUCAUACAGGUGUAUUUUUGUCAUCAGUGAGAUCAGUGAGCACAGUUGUAGGGACCAUUUCUAGAGCAUGGAAAUAUAUUUUUAAUAUUUACUCAUAGUGUUGGGAUUUUACUUGUUCUCCUACAACCUAACGGAAAAGAAGCUGAGCUUUAAAAAAAAAAAAACAAGAGUGGGGUAGAAAUGACUAUAUUUUCUUUGUGUAACACAUCCAUCCCUGUUUCCCCUCAACCCCUAAGCCUUAGCUGUGCCUGCUUCUGAGCUGCUUUUCGGGUGCCAGUGUAUAUGGUGGCUGAAGAAAGUUGUGUCUAAAGGAAGUUCAGUGUUCCUGAUUCUAUUUUCCAUUCCUCAUUGAUGAACCACCUAAGCUCUUAACUCUGAAGCUACAAUAAAACCUUUUUGUUAGCUAUCUUGCACAGCCUUUUCAUAUUUGAAUUAUCUAAAAUAGGCUUCUUAUUCUUUCUGCUUCCAUCUGAUACACAAUUCUCAAACUUUUUGGUAUCAGGGUUCCUUGAUGCUCUUAAAAAUUACUGAGUACCCCGGAGAGCUUUUGUUUAUGUAGGUUAUAUCUAUUGGUACUUACCUUAUUAAAACUCAUUUAUAAUGAAAAAUGAAAGUAUUAACUCACUUAAAAGUAACAAUAAACACAUCACAUGUUAACAUAAGGAAAAUAUUUUAAUGAAAAAUAACUUUUUUUUCAAAGAAAAAAUUUAGAAGAGUGGCAUUGUUUUAUAUUUUUGCAAAUCUCUUGAAUGUCUGACAUAAUAGAAGACAGUGGCUUCUAAUAUCUGCUUCUGCAGUCAGUGUGUUGAAAUUUGUUGUUUGGUUGAAGAAUAUGAAGAAAAUCCAACCUCACACAGAUGUGUAGUUGGAAAAAGGGAGAAGUAUAGUGAUACCGUCUUCCGAUAAUUGUGGAUGUUUUUUGAUACUACAUCACAGCUCCGCUGAAGGUUAGUUGCAAUGUGGAAUCUCAAAUUCUAUCAGUGAACUUUUUGUACUCUAUUAUAUUAACAUUCAUUGGUUUAUUUUGCACUUUGAAGGGAUCUUUUACCCAUACACAAUUUUGUAGCAUCAUGCAUUGGUCAUCUUGGAAAUACUGCAGAUCUUUUAAAUGUUGACACAUUUCAUUUUGCAAUAUCAAACAAUCAUAUCUAUUACGAUCACCACCAAUCUCAUCAGAAAAGUCUUGGGAAGCUGUUAAGCCCACAGUGGCAGAUAUGUUUUCGAAAAUUCUAAGUUUUGCCUGAGAGCUUGAGUUUGAUCAAUGCUGUCAGCCUCCAUUUGUUUAUUUUUGAGAAAGUAUCUUUCGGAUACCCAAGGCUGAAUGACUGUAAUUUAUCUGUUAGCUGUUCUUCCAAGUAAAAAUGGUAUUGCAUGAAUUGCUACUUCAGCUCAAAAUUCAGAGAAAUUGCACAAGUUCUUUUCCUCAAGAAAAACAUUGUAAGGAACAAAAGUGCUUUAUGCCUACAGCCACUUAAUCACAUAGAGGAGUAUUAUUGAAAAAAUUUGUUCUUACAUAAAACAAAUAGUUUUUAUUUUAGUGCUUCAUCAAGGACUUCCUUAAAGUGACACAGAUAUUACUUUUUUCCUGUGAAUGGGUGGCAGUGAAGAAUACCUUGACUGCUAGUACAAUUUAGUGCCAUUGGCUUGAUUUGUGAUAAGGCAGCAGCAAUUUUACCCAUUGUGACUUUUGUAUCAUUAGUGCAAAUGUCAUCACAGUGACAAAGGCAAGUAAUAUCUUAUUACUAUGAAAAUAGUUUUGAUUUCAGGGACCCUCCUGAAAAAAGUCUGUAGCUACCAGGGCUCCGCAGGCCACACUUUUGAGAACCACUGGUCUAAUACAUACUCACAGCACUGAGAAUCACCACCCGCAUUGCUAUUUUGAGAGCACCCCUUCCUUCAGAAGUCUUAAGUGGCUCCAAAAUACUUCACUCAAAAAAGCACCUAUAAUGGUGUCACGUACUUUGUUAGGGAAAUAACAUUGAAUAAGAUCCAAUCUUUAUUCUCCAAGAAUUUUCUCGAGGGGCUGGGGAGUAAGAGGAGAAAAUAGAUGAGUUAUAAUGUAAGGUAAGAAUUCCUUAAAGAAAAUUAUGUUAAAGGUGUUAGACAGCAAAGGGAAUGCUAAAUUUUAGGUCUAACUCUGAGCUCUUGAACCACGUGGCAAAUCCUCACCAAAUCAGUCAGUCAACCACUAGGUCUUCUCCUUUCGUCAAGUCUUAAAAGCCUAAGUUUGGAAAUGUUUUCACAGGUUUGGCUCCGGGCAUUGUAGAUUCUUGCUUACACGUGCACAUGCUGUUUCCCCCUUCUUAUUUUAUUUGCUGUUCUUUGGCUUUUGUUGCUUCUCUAUUUCAUACUUACAGGUGUGUAGCUUUGAGCCAGUGUAGGUGGUAACACAUAUGUUUAUUUCUUUUCCUUGCCCUUGUACUUAAACGUAAGCCUUUACCUGUUUUGUUAGCCUUGCGUUGGGUGAUGUAACUGUUGGUCUUAUUUGGAGGAAGCCCCCCCAUCCCAAGCUGUGUCAGGGCAAUGCACCCAAGAGGCUGCUCGGGAAGGAAGCCUUUUCUUAGACUGAGAAGAUUUGUAGAAAUAACCGCUGUUCUAUUUACCUGGGGUCUCCAUCCCCACGAUCUGCCGAACUUCAGUUUACAGCAGCGAAACUCUUAGGGGGAUUUCCAUAAAACAGCUGAAUUCCGACUGGGUCAUCAGUGGCAAAAGUCAGACACGUGCUCACUCGCCUGGGAGCCAAUAGUAACUUUUGCAAAAGCUGCCUCAGGAAACCCCACAGUUCGGAAGCUGCAUCUUUCGGACACUGAAAAAUAAUAGUCUUUUACCAGAACAAAACAAAAACCUAGACGGGAUAAUGAGAAAGGCUUUUCCCCUUGGCAUUGGGAAGCGAUGUCAAAGACGCUCCAUCCAAAAGGAGUGCGGGGAGCUAUCGUAAAAUUCCUUUACCGUUCCCGCGGGCUAAUGGGCUGGGGAGAAGGGGGCGGAGAUGGGCUCGGGUGAGUCUCUGGCCCUUUAAGGAGGAGGGACAGGCGUAAGACUCUGUACCUUUAAGAGUCUCUUUGUCUGGAAACCUCCGUAUUUACCCUCCUGUGCUUCAACCAAACUUCGACCCGCGAUUCACAACGCCCCUCUACGCCGCCGCCCCUUACGGCAGGCUCAAAUCGGCCGCGCGUCGGUGGCUAACCCUAAACUUGGCAGCCGCGGCGCGAACCCUCGGAGGGGAUGUCUGUGUCGGGUCAGGGCCCAGCGCUGCGCCGCUGGCGCAAUGCGGGGCCCGGGGGCGGGGCUCCGGCGGGCGGGCCAAUGGGUGGGCAGGGGGCGGGGCCGUGUUCGGUUGUCUCGCGCCCUGGUGACAGCUCGCGCGUGCUGAUGAUGGCGGUAAAUAGAGGGGGGUUAGGGGAGGGGGCGGAGGAGGUGGGGAGGCAGCAAAGGGGAUAGCUCCAGGGGGUGGGGGGACGAGGACCGGGGAGGGCGCGACGGCCAGGGAGCCCAUUCUGGGACUCGGAGGCGGGGACAGGAGUCUCCGGCACACUGGCCCUCCCCUUUAAAGAAGCAAAACCUCACACACCGGGUGAGGGGCGACAAAGGCGGCGCGCGCCUCACGGGCGGGAGGAGCGGCGGCAGGGGGCGGGACCGCGGCACCGGCGAGCUGGGGGCGCCUGGGGCGAGGGCCGGCGGGAGGCGAGAGCCGGCUGUCCGGGAGGGUCGGCCCUUUAUUUUGGCGGGGUGGGCGACCGCUGGGUUUGGGGUAAAAGCUUUGAGGGGAGAAGGGAAGGAAGGCUUGGGAACGGUUGGGGGGAACGGGUCUGUGAAUGAGACGAGGAGGAUUAAGGGGAGAAAGGGUUAGAAGGCAGGGAGAGGAGUGAGAAAAAGCCAGCCAAGGAGGUUGGAAGGAGGCAAAACCCAGGGUGGGUGAUAAGGAAGCCGGGCCGGGAGUGAGGUUAGGAAGACAGAGCCUAGGAAGACGGCUCCUCGGCUUAGGUGUGAGAGAAGGGGUUUGGAGGGGAAAGCUCUGAAGGGGAUGGUAGUGGGGUGAGGGUUACUGGGGUAAGUGUUGCAAGUGGAAGGCAAGGAGGGGCAGAGCUGGGGUAGUAGUUGGGAGUAGAGGAGAGAGAGUGAUUAAGAGCCAGACGUGACAAGGGUGUGAACUAGUGCAGAGCGAGAUGAGCUGAAGGUCUAGGACCGGCGGUGGGUGGGAACUGCGAGGUUCUGAGAAAGGUAUGGGUUAGUGGGUGGGCAGUGGGUGUAAAUUCUUGAAAGUGAGGGAGGGGGAAUGAGACACUGGGCUAGAACCAGGUGGAGUUAGGAAUAAGUGCGGUGGGAGUGGAAGGGUGAAAGGAAAUAGAGAUGAGAGAUGGGGCGUUUGUAGGACAAUUCGGGGACCAGAAAGCUGAAAGGAGAAGAGGGUGAGGGUGUGAGAAGUGAUGACGGUCUGGGACAGGAUAACUGGGGAAUUGUGUUAACUGACGAGGUUCAGCAAGAUCCAAGGUACAAACAGGGAGGUUAAGAGACAGGGUGUAAAGCGGACCAGCAGAGGAGCAAGGAAGAGGUGGGCCCCAGGAUUUAAAGGAUGAGAUGGGGAGUGAGGGAAGAGAACAGGGUUAAGGGCAGCUUGGGGAAGCCUGAUGGAUGUAGAGCUGGGGUAGACUGCACAGGGGUGGGAAUUAAGUGUGCAGUUGGGGGAGAUGCUCCAGAAGGUCCUCGUGGAUCAGGGCAGAGACGCUGUAGUGAAGGAUCAAGUGUAGGGAGCCUUUGGUGCAGAAGAGGAGGAACCAUGGUGAGUGCAAAGAGACCUAGAGAUAGGAGCAAAAACCAAAAAGUAACAGUGGAGGUAGGGGGUGAAGGAAAGGAAUUCUUUGUUGAGAAGAGAACUGUGAGUGUGUUGAAACUGUGAGUCCUUUUGUCCAUGAAAGUAGGAUAUUCCAGAAACCUCUUUCUCUCUUCAGGGAAUCUUGAAUCUGCUUCCACC